GGAGGGAAGGACGCUAAAAGAGAAAGGAGAGGUGGUGAAAGUGAGUGAGUGAGAGAUGGGCAGGGAGGUAUAAAAAGAGGGAGGGAAUAAUCUACAAGAGGCAGCCAUAGAGGAAGGGGUGACAGAGUAGAUUAUCCUCUCUUCACUGCCAGUCUCACCAUGUUCGUGCUGCAGAUGCUGACUGUUCUCUCGCUCACUGUCAUCUUCCUGGCAUCUGUAGAAGGUAAUGGCGUGCAGAUGCAGAGGGAUGUCCAGUGUUGCAUGCUGUACUCCCAGGGCAAGGUGCGUGCCAAAGAUGUGCUGCGGUUUGAGGUGCAGACAAAGGGGCCCGACUGCAGCAUACGAGCCAUCAUUCUUUACACAAAGAAGGCAGUGAAAUGUGCAGACCCCAGAGAUCGGAAGGUGAGAAGGUUGUUGCGGAAGCUUCUGCAGAGGCAGCUAUACAAGAACCACCGAACCAUAUGGAUGCUGCCUCAUGACAACCUGCCCGUCAUGUCUCAGGACAAAAAAGACAACUGGGCCGUGCUGAAUGUGCAGUGAUGAAGCGCCAUUAACAGUGGAUUAGUCGUAGUCAUACGCCAAGUAAUCAUUCAGCAGGUCGUUGGCUUUACUCUGCGACGCUUGCUGACAUUCCAGUCAUCUUGUGUCUCUUUAUCCGUCUCCUUGGGCCCAGACCUGGGCAGCAAUACUUAUUUAAAUGGCUAACAUGAACUGCGCUUGAAAUAUUCCCAGCAUGUGGCUGGAAGUCUCAGAAGGGGAGUAUAUUUGUAAGAUAAGUUGCCGUGAUUUUUAUUUAAUGGCUUGUACUGUUAUUUGCCGGAGUCUGCCUGAAAGUAUCGCCUCUUUGAAACAAUGUAAACCCUUGUGGCUGACGUGAGAUCAGUGAAACAGCAUUGAUAUUCAUAUAUUAUAUCUGCAAUAUACUCUGUGCUUAUUUGUGACUUGUACUGCCUGCAUAAUGUAAUGAUGUAAAAGGGAUUUUGUCAAAUUCAGCUGCGUGUGCAAAAAAAAAAAAGUCAAACCUGUUUUUAAUAUUACCUUGCACCUUGCUCUUUUCUCCUUUGGCUUUAUUUUAAGGUAUUUGUACUUGUAAAGCUUUAGGUCUUUAAUAAGCUAGCUUGGUAUAGAGUCAAAAAAAAUAUUAUUUUCACUGGCUUUAACCUACUUUUAAACACAUAUUGUCUACUUUGUAUAUUGACUGUUUGUAGACCAUAAGUAGAUCUUUUGAAAUGUUCCCAUCAGCUUCAACAGAUCUUCAGAUUCAAUAAUAAAUUAGCAGUUUACUUUUGUCUUUUUGAUUAAUAUUUUGUCAUUGACCUAUGCCAAAGCACUGAAGAGUCAACCCAUUACAUGACAAAGCUGUUAAAACUUAGAGGGCUCUAACGUGUGUAAAGCACAGCAGCAUUGUUAACGUACAGAACUGUUGUGUCUGUAUCUCAAGUGAAUUAGAAUUUGAAUAUCAUUAAUUGUCAUCAUCAAGAGUACAACAAAUUAUUUUAUAAAUUAAUUUGAAACAUUA